AUCAGGGGAAGUGAGGUUGUGGGACACGCGCACCUGGGACUACACAGCCCCCAUCCUGGAACCAGUGCACGGUCCUGGCGAUGCUGGACCUCCACCACAUGUCUCCUUUGUGAGGAUAAACAGCUCCCUGGCUGCGGCGGCUUACGAGGAUGGAACUGUUAGUGUUUGGAGUCUGAUGGUGGGGCGGGAGCCCAUCCAUCGUUACCAGCACAAUCAGAGGAUUCAGGCUUUGGCUCUUGGUUCGGAGGGUGCAGCGGUAGCGACGGCAUCUGGCUUCGAGGUCAAAGUGGAAAGCCCUAAUGACAGGGAGUUCUGGCAAACUACAGAAACAUUUGAAAUCCAGAAAUUGGUCAACUUCCUUAAUCUGGUUCCAGAUGUUACGGGGAGUCCGGUGGCAGUAGCAGCAGCGGAAGACGUGGUUUAUCUGCUGAAGUCAGAAGAUCCUGGCAAAGUUCUCCAUUCUGUUUAUGGUCAGCCCAUCACGUGUCUCGAUGUGUCUGCUAAAGAAGCAGCCUUUGGGGUCAAAAGCUUUGGCUGGUUAUUGAAUGAGCCCAAUCAGGUUCUUCUUUACAAUCUGGAAACGAGUCAGUGUCUAAAGAAGCUGGGCAACUCAUUGGGUGACUUUACGUGUGUCAACCUCCAGGACAGUCCUCCAAACAUGCUCGUUACAGGCAAUAAAGACAGAAGGGUCAGGGUAUACGAUCUCCGCCAAAGCGAAUCUCUGUGCUCCCUCUACGCCCACCACUUAGGAGUGUCCGCGGUGCAGAUGGACGACUGGAAGAUUGUGAGCGGCGGAGAGGAGGGCUUGGUCUGUGUGUGGGAUCAGCGGAUGGGCACCAAACUCUGGGAAAUGCACGCCAGCCUCAUCACUGCAAAUAUCCCUGAUGAGAAAACCCCCCGAGGCGCCAGCAUCAUGGACGAUGACCUAACUGCACACCGCAAGCAUCGAGGAAUCAUCUAUGCCUACGAGUUCUCAGCGGAGCAGUUGGCUGUAGAAAGCAUCCUUCCUAUUUGCCGCUCUUCCUACGAUGAAGUGACCGGUUAUAACUACAACAUUGGUCUUGCGGUUCCCUAUGACAACAUUUAGGUAACUCGCUUUACUUGGCUUCUGUGGUCCAGCUCUCUGCCAAGCACGUGGCCAAAGGGAAAAAGGAGAUUUGCAAGGAACAGCUGCCAAAAAGAUUGCGUUGGCUGCAGGCACGUUUCAUGGGCUGAGCUUUUGCUGAAAACUUGGGGCGUGAACAAGAACAGAGAGUAUGGCUGCCCUCAAAGGCUAAAUAAGACUAAAAUAUGUUGCUAUGCAAAUGUUGAAAGGUCCCCUGUUGCGGAGCAGAGAGACUGAAGAACGAAGGGGAGCAGUAUACCUCAAUGUAAACAAAAUUGGCCGUUCCCACUGCCUGUGGGAAAAACGCUGCUGAUCCCGUCUUGGCCGAGGACGUGCUUUGGUCAGGAAGCAAGAACCCGGCAUGGCAAACGGCUGUGAUCAGGGGGAGGCUGGGAGCACGUUGAGCAGUUCAUGCCCUUCGGAUGCCUGUCUACCCUGGGGGGGGGAACAAGGACUUGGAAGAAGUAUCUUGCUUUGUCACAUGUUUGAAAUUUCUUUCCUUGUAACGAGCUGCUGAUUCCUCUUUUCCUUUAAGCGCAUCUGAACGUGUCUAGAAAUAGACAAAACCAUGCACAAAAGGUUGCCCUGCUUGUGAGAGGGCAGUUGGACGGCGAGAGGGAGGGGAAGGCUGGAUGCUGGGAAACUCAGCAGGCCACACGUUCCAAAAUUAUUUGUAAAUAAAUUAUUUUUUUAAAACUCUAAAAUUCUAG